AGCGAGGGAGGAGCCAUGCUGGGAUAGUGAUGGUAUAGUGUAUGUCCUUCCCACUAUACUACUCGGACUGUCGGGGCAGGGCCUACACACUAUUGAUACCAUUACUCUACUGGUUUAGUAUUGGUUAAUACAUCAAAAGUACUAUUGAAACCAAUUAUAUGUAUUAUUAACGCGCACCUGUCAAUCAGCAGCUCCGUGAAGAUGUAGGUUUCAGUUUUUGUAGCUGUGCUGCUGUGGGACGUUUUCAGAGUGAAAUAUUUUCCUUACUUUAACGGUGUGACUAGAAGGAAGAAACUGGUAUCGCUAUAGGACACGACAUCAAUGUUAAAUGGUACUUAUGGAUAUGAUACUUUCAACACACACAGGCUAACCUGACGGGGUACAGUGUACUACUGUGUAGCUAUGCCAGCGGUAUCGGCGAAUGUGUCUGAGUGUGUUCAGGCGCUUCUUGAGCAGCUGUUGUCACAGCAGACCCCAUCACCGUGUAGUAACAACAGUACCUCCGCGCCGAGUGAACGCUCGGAGUCUCGGGCUCUGCUCUAUAUAGUUGUAACACUGUUGUUCUACUCUGGGGGAAUUAUCAUCGGUAUCAUCACUUAUCUAAAGCGUGAGAGGAGAGAAAUAGAGGAGGAUCGGGCGUUUGAUGAAUUUAUCAACACUUACAUUGAACCGGAGACCCGGACAACGUUCCAUAAAGUGCAGCAAGUUAUUGCAAGACUUAAAUACCUACAGGAGGAAAAAGUAAGAAAAAUGGGGAGUAAAGGGACGGAUGUGAAAUCUAUAUCGAACGACAAUGAGGAUAAAACGGAUAACGCCGAUCAAAAUGAACGUGUAGAUAAUUCUCUCAUCAAGACGGCAAACUCGUGGAACGAGACAGAGAACACGAGGCUUGAUAACGCUUUUUGUGAGGACGAUGAACCACUAUCAUCCAUCGUCGCUAAACUUAUCGACCCCGAAAAACGGCGAUCGUUCGACGUGGAUUCGGACGAGGAGGACGACUAUCGCGAGGGUGGUCUCACAAAGACACCCUCUAUGCAGUCUAUCAAGGAUUAUACCGAGGAACCAGGGAGGAGCGCGCGCUCCUCUCUCAUCGACGACGACAACGAAAUGGACGACGACUCAUCUACUUUGAUCAACAAUGAAAGACUUGGCAACAAAGAGGACGUACAUUGUAAGACCGUAAAUAAGGGAUGUAUAGUGACGAAUGUUUAGUGUAGUACCCAUCAUUCAUACACCUGUGGGCAAUAAGUCCCUAACUGUAUUAUGCAAGCACAUCAAAGUCAGCAACCCUACGACAUUUUAUCAAGGUAGGUUCUCACCUGUGUCUCAUACCUGUUAUUCUGAUCACGUCAUACCUGCCAUACUGAUUACGUCAUAACUGUAAUAAUACUGGUUACGUUUUCGGUAACUCACCUGAAUCGCGAAUUGUCGUCUGACAUGAAUACCUGUUCAUGAAUUGUGAUGGUUGGAACUAUAAUCCCGAUAACUACACCCCCCUGACAACAUAUUGGAACUGAUAUUUCAUUUAAGAAGACACUGGCAGAAGAUCAAAUAUGUGAGGAACUACCACCGUCAAUUAGUAAGGCUGUGAGACUUAAACAUCCAAUUUUCAUAACUGCUGCCCCCUUGUUAUGGGGGUUUCAUCUUAGUGUGUAUUCGAGGAUGCAUACUACAUUGUUGUGACCCAAUGUGUACGCCGAGCCGUUCGAGGGACCACCGAAAUUAUUACAUGGCUGUUUGUUUUUGUAACUUUAAUGGUAAGAUUAGCGUGAUUUAUUACUACACUGAUAUUACAAUAGAAAAAACAUUUUUAUUGAUUUACACAGAGCGAAUGCGAUUUUUUUUCUAGAUGGUUAUUACUAUAAAUUUUGA